AUGAAUAAAAGUUUGGUCACUCUCUUCCAGGAUGCUCUUGUCCCAGCUGACUCCCAGUCCCGGUCUCAGUCCCGGUCUCAGUCCCAGCCUUGGUCCAACUUGGACCUGUCUGAGCCUGCACCCCGUCUGUGUCACCUGGCUCGGUCUGAGAUGGGCUACGGCUUCAACCUCCACAGCGAUCGAUCCAGGCCUGGACAGUACAUCCGCUCCCUGGACCCUGGAUCACCUGCAGACCAUGCAGGGCUCCGGCCUCAGGACCGCCUGGUGGAGGUAAACGGCGUGAGCAUCGAGGGCAUGCGGCAUGCAGAGGUGGUGUCCUUCAUAAAGAAAGGUGGAGAUGAGACGUGGCUGCUGGUGGUGGACCCCGACACAGACCAACACUUCAAGAGGAGAGGCGUGGUCCCCACUGUCAGUCAUAUCAGAGACUACGACGGUCCGUCCAUCUCCAACGGCUCCCCCAACCCUGCGAUGAACGGCAGCUCCACCACACAGUCCAUCCGGUCGACCCGCUCCGACCUCAGCAGCCAGGGAAACAGCACACAGCUGGCAGAGGACGAUGGCGUCCGGUUCGAGGACCCGUUUGCUGAGAUGGGUCUGAGUCUGAGCGCGACAGCAGCAGAGGAGAAGAUGAAAGUCCAUGCAAAAGAAAAAAGGAGAGCGCCACAGAUGGACUGGAUGAAGAAAUAUGAGCUCUUCAGCAACUUCUAGGUCAUCCCUCCCUGAUGACCUCAAAUACCGCAGGACAGAGACACGAGCCCUUAGCGUGUCCGCUGCAUGAAAAGAUGGACAGUCUGUGUUGUGGAGGGACAUCCCCCCUCACCACACAGAACAGAAACACACAUCCUCAGCAGGCCUCCUGGACAUACCUGGGACUACAGGAAGAAGCUGAUCAACAGAUUUAACUUCUUAAAAUCACUGCAGAGACUCUGCGAGAGCUUCUUCUCGGACAACUGAUCGCCGUCUGCAGAAACUGAUCACCGUCUGCAGGAACUGAUCACCGUCUGCAGGAACUGAUCACCGUCUGCAGGAACUGAUCACCGUCUGCAGGAACUGAUCACCGUCUGCAGGAACUGAUCACCGUCUGCAGGAACUGAUCACCGUCUGCAGGAACUGAUCACCGUCUGCAGGAACUGAUCACCGUCUGCAGGAACUGAUCACCGUCUGCAAACUUUGUUGAAAUGAGUUUUUUUUUUAAUGGAUGUUUUAAAAAUGUUCCUGUCAGAGGGAAUUUUACAGAUAUAUUUUCAUAAAUGUUCCUGACUCUCUUCACCUUCUCUUUACGUGAUCCCUCCUUUCUCCACACCUCUACAGCCUUGUUUCUUGUGAAUGAUGGACAUCGUUAUUUUUCUAUAUUAAAAAAAUAUA